AUGACUAAAGAUAAAGUAAGACGAAAAGCUUUAACUACCAAGCAAAGCCAAAAUUCUCAAGAACCUAAGAAUGUGGCUAAUACUGAAAUAGUAGUAAGCGAAGCAGAUAAAAUUGCAGCAAAAUUAUUUGCUGCAAAAUCUACAAAGGCUUCGUUAAAACAACCAAGACGAUCAAGAUAA